AUGCACUGCGUCGCCAGGAAAUGGUCUGAGGAGCAGAAGAAGGCUGAGCCAACCUUCUUCAGCAAGCUUGCCAACAUCCAGACCCCACAAUGGCUGUGGAUUGGUUGCUCCGACAGCCGCGUGCCAGCCAACCAGCUGAUGGGCCUGGGUCCUGGCGAGGUUUUUGUGCAGCGCAAUGUGGGCAACCUGGUCACCCACAAGGACAUGAAUGCCAUGUCCUGUCUGGAGUACGCGGUGACGGCCCUGAAGGUCAAGCACAUCAUCGUGUGCGGGCACCACAACUGCGGCGCGGUCAAGGGCGCCCUCACUAUGCCCAACCGCCAGCAGGGACUGGUCAAUUUGUGGAUCCAGGACAUUCGCGACACCCGUGACCGGCACGCGCUCAUCCUGAAACAGUUCAAGGGAGACGAGCAGGUCAACAAGCUGGCCGAGCUGAAUGUUCUGCGACAGGUGUUCAACAUCUGCUCCAGUCCCAUUGUCCAAGCGGCCUGGGAAGAUGGGCAGCACCUAUCAGUGCAUGGAGUCAUCUAUGCGCUGAACGACGGCCUACUCCAGCUCGCCGACGAGCUCCCUGCCAUGGACGGCCUGGGCGUGCUGGAGCGCGCCCUCGCACCCCCGGAGGUCUGGCUGGCCUCCCUCGGCAGCCAGUGGAGCUCCCUGCCCUCCUUUAUACUCUUCUUCGGAGUCCUGUUUGCAUUCGCGCUGGUCGCAUGGAAAUUUGGGGCCAGCCUGUCAUGGGAUCAAGCGGCCCUGCUUGGCUCCUGUACAAUGAGUAGCGUGCACGCCGUCUGGUGCUGCGUCGCGGCCUGGCCAGAGCUUGCAAAGCUGCGGCAUGUGCAGCUGGAUGCGGUCAACACGCCAUCCCAGUCGCAGCUGGCGCAGUUCUCCCUUGCCUACAUGGUGGCUGACGUGCUGUUCUACCUGGUCCCAUUUACCCCCGGGGACUUUAUGUUCCUCGUCCACCACUGUAUCUCCGGCUUCUACGUGCUGGGGACUCUAUGUACCGGGGUCGGGGCCGUUUCCUCCAUGAUCAUGUUUUUCCUUGGAGAGGUGACGUCCCCGCUCCUCAAUGCCUUCACAUUCAUGGGGACGCUGCGUCAGCGCUCCCGGACCUGCUUCAAGCUGUACGAGUACCUGUCCCCCUCCUUCACAGCCGCCUUUGUCCUGAUGAGGACCUUGCUCGGCGUCCCCUUGAUAUCCUGGUUCCUGUACACCCUAAUUGCCCGGUCCCCCGCCAUUCCGCUGAGUUGGCGCAUCCCCAUGGCGGCCUGCGUCCUGGUGGGCAUCACCGGCAGCCAGGCCUGGUCUGCCAAGCUGCUGGCCGGACCGUGGGCCAGGCUGCGCGCCACAUGGGAGCUGGGCACGGCCAAGAUGGACUGA